UAAAUUAUGUUUUUCAGAUAAACGACAAUAGUUAUGUGAGGAGAAUGGCCUGUGGCUUGAGAGAGCCAGUAAAAGAAAAAGAAAAGAGAGAACAGUGGAAAGGACAGAGAAAGAGAAAAGUAUGCAAUCAGGAAACAGGAAACAGAGGAAGAGAGAAAGACAAUUUGAUAAUGGGAGCGUAGAGAGUGAAGAAGAAUACAAUGAAAGAUUGGACAGCGGAAUAGAGAAUCAGAACAUAGGAAAAUCACACAACGAGACAGUAGAAAGCGAAGAAGAUAACGACGAAAGAUUGGAAAGGGGGAUAUGGAAUCAGACAAUAGGACAAACACGUAAUGAGAGCGUAGAGAGCGAUGAAGAAAAUGAUGAAAGAUUAGACAGGGGAAUAUGGAAUCAGACAACAGGCGACAAUGGGAAUAAUGAGAGAGUAGAGAGCGAUGAAGAAAACGAUAAAAUAGGAGAAACAGGUAAUGUAGAAAGCGAAGAAGAAUACGACGGAAGAUGGGACAAAGGAAUAGGGAGCCAGAAAAUAAGACAAUCAGAUAACGAGAGCGUACGAAGCGAAGAAGAAAACUUUGAAAUAUGGGGGAAAUGGGGGAACAGGUAACAAAUAUAUACAAAAUAGAAUUCAAAUUUCAAAGAUUGUUUGUUACAACAUAACAAGGGUACAAAGCAAACAGACAAUGACACUUUAGAAAACGAAGAAGAAGACGAGGAAGGAAGGAGCAAAGGCAUGGGAAAACAG